AUGUCUUCGUCGAAAACGCUCGAUGAGCCGCUCACUUAUUCCACUGGUGACAUUAUUCACGAAGAUGAUCCUUACGCUUGCGCCUUGAGUUCCGAUGUCCUCUCAGCGGUCUGCAGCUACUGCAUUUCUCGCGGCACAUCUCACAGCUGCGAAAAAUGCAAGAGGCUCCACUACUGCAGCAAGAGAUGCAAGAGUAAGGACCGAGUAUUUCACCGGCUCGAAUGCCAAGUGCUGCGAGCGCUGGGCCCAGAAGACGAUGUUCUGGACGAAGAGACGCGAAUGGUGAUCCGAACCCUGGACAGGUUCAUUCGAGAGAGACAAAGCCACUCGAUUUCCGAAGCGAGCUUCUUCUCAUGCACCCGAACCAUCUAUGAUCUCCUGAGCCACAUAGAAGACUUGAGUCCGUCGGAAUUCGAACAGGCGAAGGAAAGAGCGGAGACCAUUCUGAGCAUCGUGUCACCCUUCGUGUUCACUCAGCUCGAGGAAGUUAUGGACAUUCUCCAGCGAUGCAGAAUCAAUUGUCAUUCGAUCGUCGACCACAACGACUUUCAUUUCUUCUCGCGAGGACGAGCCGUCUACCUGGCCGCUUCAAAAACGAACCACUCUUGUGUCACCAGCAACGAAUACGUUCAGAUUUUCAACGGCAGAAAAAUAUUGUUGCGUGCCAUACAGGACUUCAGAAUCGACGAUCCACUCCAGAUGACAAUUCAUUACAUGCCUCCGACCCUGCCUUAUGAAAGCAGAUUAAGGCGGUGCUUGAACAAUUACUACUUCAUUUGUAGCUGCAGAAAAUGCGUCUGGCAAGCCCGGAACCCUGAGCCGGAUCAAGCGGCCGGGGAAACUGUUGCCGAGAUCGAGCAAGCGUUCGAAGAAUAUCACUCUUCUGAUGAGUGGUACGAAAUCGGCACGAAGCUCCUGGAAAAAGUAAAGAAUCUCCCGGAGAAGAACUUCUAUGUGUACUGGCUGCUCAUCCAGAUGCAGCCGACUUGCUUCGAGCUCGGCAAGUACAAAGAGAGCAUCGAAUACGGAAUUCGCGCUACCAACGGUGCUGAAUCGAUCCUGUCUCUGGAGCCUCUAUUCCAUUAUCUCUGUCAGGCCAUGGUUAAAUUAGGCUGGAACAAGUCGUCAAAUCCGAAUCACGGCCGCUUCGCCGAGACGUACAAGCUCACGAAGACUCUUUAUUCCAUCACGCAUGGGUCAAACCACAAGAUCGUUCAGGGACUGCGGAAAAUGCGUGGGACUUGGUGGGCGAAGGGCUCCGAUAAGCUGUACAGCUUCUUCAGGAAACAGGACCCCGUUGAUUCACAACGCGUAGACGACGUACGCGACGGAGCGAUUGAAGUUCAGUGA